UCAGACGCUAAAACGCCCAAAAGCCCAAAACGCUGCACUGCAUUUCUAAUUUCUACCCGCCUUCGCAUACACUCAAAUAAGCAAAAUCUCCAUCGUUGCUCCAUCUUCUACCCCCAUAUCACCCAACUUUUCUCUCUUCUCCUCACUGACAACCCUAUGCAUUUGGAAUGUCUCACUGCUAAGGCGAUGGGCUCGCAUUGAUGCCUUUUCAACUUGAGGAAUCUACAUGGCCUGGAGUUGCUGUUUCUCUGACCAUAGCUUUUUGGAAUCCACUUUGAUGGGUUUCUCUCACAGAAAUGAAGAUUGGUGUCAUCUCCUUAACCAAUGGCUGUUUUAAACUCGUACCUCAGAGUUCUUACUUGGGUCAUUUUCUGCGUAUUUCAUUCAAGGACAUAUUGUUGGGAGGAAAGCAUUUUGCUUUCUAUUCAACUUAUGGAAGACCAUUUCCGGAUUACUCGCCCAGACAACCAACUAUCAAAGACUCUGAACUUGUGCAGAAUAUUUCAAGUACCAUAAAGCAACGGCGCUUUGAGACAUUAAGGCAUGUUCUUAGACCCUUCGAGUCAAAAUUCAGGCCUGACCACCUCAUUUGGGUUCUAAUGAACAUCAAGAAUGAUACUGGGCUGGUAUUUAACUUCUAUGAAUGGGCAUGUCUUUAUAGAGAACCAUCACUGGAAGUUCGGAGUAUUGUCAUUCAUAUUGCCGUUGCUUCAAAAGAUUUGAAGAUGGCUCAUAGUCUUAUAUAUGAUUUCUGGUCUAAACUUAAUCUUGAUGUUACCUAUUCAUUUUCUUGUUUUGUUGAAAGAUUGAUCUACACCUACAAGGACUGGGGUUCAGAUCCUUGUGUAUUUGAUUUAUUCUUUGAGGUCCUUGUUCAAGUUGGCUUUUUAAUGGAGGCAAGGAGACUUUUUGAAAAGAUGGUGAGUUAUGGUUUGGUGAUCUCAGUUGAUUCCUGUAAGUUGCUUCUUUCUAAUAUGUCAAGUCAAUCAAACAAGAAAAGAGACACUUUCAAGGUUUUCAUGGAGUUCCUUGAAGCAGGGGUUUGCUGGGAUACUGGUUCAUAUAACAUAAUCUUACACAUUCUUUGUCAGUUAGGGAAAAUAAGAGAAGCGCACCAUCUGCUGUUUCAAAUGGAGUUAAGAGGUUGUCUACCUGAUGUUGCGAGUUACAGUAUUGUUAUUAAUGGAUAUUGUUGUGUUGGUGAACUAGAGAAGGUGAUGAGGCUGGUUAAUGAAAUGAGAAUGAAAGGACUAAAGCCAAAUGCUUUUACAUUUAACAGCAUUAUUCUUCUUAAGUGCAAGUCUGGUAAGGUAGCUGAUGCAGAAAGGGUUCUGAGGGAAAUGAUUGCCUUUAGAAUACUUCCAGAUAAUGUAGUUUACACGACGAUAAUUGAUGGUUUCUGUAAGUCGGGUGAUAUUUUUUCUGCUAUAAAGCUUUUCGAGGAAAUGCAAAGAGUUGAAAUCUUCCCUGAUAUCAUCGCAUACUCAGCUAUUAUAUGUGGGCUUUGUCAAAGCAGAAACAUGACAGAAGCAGACAAGCUGUUCCAUGAAAUGCUUGACAGAGGAUUAGAACCAGAUGAAAUUACUUACACAACACUGAUAGAUGGUUAUUGCAAGGCAGGUAAGCUGAAAGAGGCCUUUUUUUGGCACAAUAAGAUGGUUGAGAAGGGGGUGACCCCUAAUGUUGUCACCUAUACUUCCCUUGCUGAUGGCCUUUGUAAACAGGGAGAGGUUGAUACAGCAAAUGAACUUUUGCAUGAAAUGUCUGCUAAGGGUCUAGAACUUAAUAUCUGCACGUAUAAUGUAAUUGUUAAUGGUCUCUGUAAAACUGGGAAUGUAAACCAAGCAAUAAAACUGAUGGAAGAUAUGGAGAUGACAGGAUUUCAUCCUGAUACCAUUACUUAUACUACUUUGAUGGAUGCUUACUGUAAGUCGGGAGAAAUUUCCAAGGCUCAUGAGCUCUUGAGGACAAUGCUAGAUAGAGGACUGCAGCCAACUGUUGUUACGUUUAAUGUGUUGAUGAAUGGGUUCUGCACAUCAGGGAUGUUGGAAGAUGGGGAGAGGCUGCUAAAAUGGAUGCUGGAGAAGGGCAUUAUGGCAAAUGCCACGACCUACAAUUCUCUUAUGAAGCAGUAUUGCAUUAGAAGCAAUAUGCGUGUCACAACUGAAAUUUACAGGGAGAUGUGUGCUCGAAAUAUAAUGCCAGACAACAACACAUAUAAUAUAUUAAUCAAGGGGCACAGUAGAGCAAGGAAUAUGAAAGAAGCAUGGUAUUUGCACAGGGAAAUGGUUGCAAAAGGAUUUGAUCUCACUGACAGUUCCUACAAUGCUUUUAUCAAGGGGCUUCUUAAAAAGAAAAAGUAUUGGGAAGCAAAGGAACUCUUUGAUGAGAUGAGGAGAAAAGGGUUCAUUGCUGAUCAAGAAAUUUUCAACUUUUUUCUGGAAAAGAACUUUGAUGAAGGGAACCUGGGAACUGCUCUUGAGCUUUGUGAUGAAGUGAUAGAGAGAUUCCUUAUCGAUAAGGUCAAUGAAGAUAACCAUACGUAAUGACCAAUUAGAUUUUUGUGGGCAUAUAAACAGCCUGUGACCACAUUCACCAGGAUUCAGAUCGUGCUACCGGCUGACCUAAUGGAGUAGAACUGUAGAAGGCAAAGUUAUACAAGCGCUCCAGAGUCAGGAAGCAAAGGAGAAACAAGAGCCAUUUUGUAAGAGGUGCAAUAGAUUGAGUUCCACUUGAAGGGGAAGAUGGACUUUGAGUUGGAUUAGCAGCAGGUUUUACAACCUCCUUUGAAC